UAUCUCUGCAGAGAGUGGCCUGCGUGGGACCUCUGAACGCUCUCGGGCGUUUCUUCCCGCGUCCGAUAUCACGUUUUGCUAGGCGCAGUAAGUUGUUCUGCGUGAAGGUGGUACGUGAUAUUGCUUGCUGAUAGGUGCAUCAUCUUUUUGAGCUAACAACACAAUCUAAGAAGUAAAUUUCCCCCUCCUUAAUGGUCUUUGGAUAUGGCAUUGUGUUGUGCGUGACGCAGUUAUCUAGCCGAUCAAUUGAUGCUUGAGUACACAUUGGAAAGACUUCGUAAAUUGAAAUUCUCCGUGGAAGUGCGUGCGCCUUACAGUUCUGCGUGUAACUCGCAUAUUCAUCCAACAACUUUUCAUGGUCAGCUCACUUUUUCGCUGUCAAUUCAGUGUGAAACUAUGACCACUCCGUGGUUGUGCUGGUUUUAUCCUCUCAGUACUCCGGUGUUCUGAAUGACCACGAUUUCACUAGCUGUGAUGAAAGGCGUUUCUAUCGUCACUAGGAUUGUUCUUUAUCUUCUAGCGAGCUUCGCUUCACCUCAAGUCUGACAUUUCGCUAUGGCUCAGCCGACUGGUGCCGCCUUGCGAACUCUAGCCAUCGAAUACAAGGGAAUCCAGGAAGAGCCAGUUGAAGGUUUCCGUGUCCGCCUUGUCAACGAUGACAACCUUUGCGAAUGGGAAGUGGCUAUCUUUGGCCCUCCCGAUACCUUAUAUCAAGGAGGCUAUUUCAAGGCUCAUGUAAAAUUUCCCCCGGACUAUCCAUACUCACCGCCAACAGUUCGGUUCCUGACGAAAGUUUGGCACCCAAACGUCUAUGAGAAUGGUGACCUGUGCAUCUCAAUUCUGCAUCCACCUGUCGACGAUCCACAGAGUGGAGAAUUACCGUGUGAACGGUGGAAUCCUACACAAACCGUUAGGACUAUACUGCUUAGUGUCAUUUCUCUGCUCAACGAGCCGAACACCUUCAGCCCUGCUAACGUCGAUGCAAGUGUAAUGUAUCGCCGCUGGCGUGACUCGAAAGGAAAAGACAAGGAGUACGAGAAAAUAAUCAGGAAACAAGUUGCCUCUUCCCGUCUGGAGGCCGAAAAAGAUGGCGUGAUCGUACCCAUGACCCGAGAAGACUAUUGUGUGAAGACGAAAGCUCCAGCUGGAAACGCACUCGGUUCUGGAGUGACUGCCAUUGUCCAACUUCACGGGUGA